CGCAACGUCGAUAAGGGCAGGUUUAUAGGCCGGUGUGACGGACGGACAGACAUACAAGUCGACAUGAAGGCUGCUGUGCUUGUGUGUGCUAUUUCCGCUUUGCUGCAGCUCACGGCAGCAUGUUGCAGCUGCAAAUGCGACCCUCCCGCGCUCUCCCUGCUCUUACUUGACGCGCCCCUGCCGCCCUGCGCGCCCCCGCCCCUGUGCCUGCCGCCACCACAACCCCUAUACCUACCUCCCCCCCCGCCGUUGUGUUUACCGCCACCGUGCUUGCCUCCUCCAGCGCCGAUAGUAUAUUCAGCGCCCCCGGCGCCUUUAGCUUUGCCUCCACCGUGUGCGCCUGCACCUAUAUACCUGCCUGCCCCCGCUCCGUUGCCACCCUGCGCCCCUGCCCCUAUAUUCUUGCAAGCCCCUGCACCUCUCCCACCCGCUCCUGCCCCUAUAUUCCUUCCCGCCCCUGCUCCGUUACCCCCUUGCGCGCCAGCCCCAAUAUUCCUACCCGCCCCUGCCCUGCCUCCUUUAGCGCCAAUAAAACUUACUUUACCCCCCUGCGCUCCACCAGCUCCUCUAAUUUUACCAGCACCGGCACCUUUCGCCUUGCCCCCCUUACCUCUCCCCCUACCCCCGUGUGGCUGCGCCCCCCCUUUGCUGCCCCCACCAACUUACCUGCCCCCCUGCGGAUGCGCUGAGCCUAAAGUGACCAUCCUGCCAUACCCCCCAUGUGGGUGUGGAUGCUAGG